UGGGGCUCAUGGCUCAUGUACCGCUUGGCUCUCACGUUGGGUUCCACAGUGUCACAGAACGGACCACGGGGCAUCACCUGGUCCAACCUCACUGCUCAAGCAGGGUCAUCCCAGAGCACAGGGCACAGGACUGCAUCCAGACAGUUCAUGUGUAGGGCCAGUGAGGAAGACUCCACAACCUCUCCAGGAAAUCUGUCCCAGGGAGCGCUCGCCCCUCUUGUUCAGGGGAACUCCCGUGCAGGGGGUGUCUCCAAGAGGGACAGCGGGACCCACCCCGGCCCGGCCCUGCGCGUCACUUCCGCCCGGCCCUGCGCGUCACUUCCGCCCGGCCCUGCGCACGGGGAUCCUUCUCCCCGUCGGCGCCGGCGCAAGAUGGCCAAGCGCACCAAGAAGGUCGGAAUUGUGGGUAAAUAUGGGACCCGUUACGGUGCAUCCCUUAGGAAAAUGGUGAAGAAGAUUGAAAUUAGCCAGCAUGCCAAGUAUACCUGCUCCUUCUGUGGCAAGACCAAAAUGAAGAGGAAGGCUGUGGGUAUCUGGCACUGUGGAUCCUGCAUGAAGACAGUUGCUGGUGGUGCCUGGACUUACAAUACCACCUCUGCAGUGACAGUCAAAUCUGCCAUCAGAAGACUGAAAGAAUUGAAAGACCAGUAGAAGCUACUUCCUGUUCUCCAUGUGAAACAUCUUUUUUUCCCAUUGUCAAGAUCUGUCCUUUUACCAAUAAAAAGGUGGUAAUGGAGUACA